AGGAGAUGGUGCAUGUGAACUCCGACCUGACAUUCUCUACCGAGAACGAAAACUACCCCAUCGGAAUACAGCCGUAUUCCUUGGAGGCGUAUCUUGUCAACGAUGACUCCAGCGCUCUGGACGUGACUAACUCUUCCGUGUGGGACGAGACUACGCGGUCAAAUCAGUCCCCUGAGCAAGCAGAUGAGAACAGAAACGACAGUACCGAUCAAAUGGUCGCUGAGAGGUCGUACGGUCAAAGGAGGCCUGUAAUAUUGGCUAGGCCUUUUGAUCACGUUGAGCCAUCGCAAACCAACAUCUCAAGCCACAGCCAUGAAGAGACGGCAGUAGAUAUGCCAGCGAAUUUCCCAGAAGGAACCAUGCUACCGAACAUUGGCAGAUUGUACCACUUUUCAAGUGAUCUUGGCCCGAUGCUCGAUCAGCAUGAGUUGACGGAGGAGGAGGCUCAAGAAGCAGUCGACAUCAGCCUCCAUCAGGACAAGGCUGAGGCAGGCUUUGGUGGACUGGAAUGUGUGAUCUGCUUAGAGAAAAUGGAGGUUGGCGACCAAGUUUCUACAUUACCCUGCAAGCACACCUUUCAUCACAGCUGCAUUGCCAAAUGGUUAUCUGCAAAGCUAAACGACAGGCUUGCAGGAUGCUGUCCCAGUUGUAAUCUUCAGAUCGUUUUUCCCGUUUGGUUUGAAGGGCAGCACGAACAUGUUUUGAAUCAGAUUGUGGUGCAAAGAUCACAAAACAACGAACAGCUACUGAGGUUCAGGCGUAAUGUUUGCAGUAUCAUCUGUGUGAUUUUGGUCGCC